AAUAUGUAUUUAUUUCUUAGGAGAGGAUAAAAACUACUAAAAAAUAUUGACAAUUGAAAAAGAUCAGCACAGUUGAGAGUUUUUUUUGAUGGGUGGCAAUGGAAGUUUGUCUUUCAUGACGAUAUAGCAAGGCGGUACAAAGUGUUAUACUUAAGGGCAACAAGUGUAUUUCUAAUACGAAGAACAGUGCUAAUUAUAGAGACUGUGGUUGUUUGAGAAAUAUCCUGAUUUAUUCUACAUAAUAACACAGGACAAUUCUGUUGCAUAAAUAAGAAAUGCUUAUUUUAACACAUAAAACAUCUUCUAUUACAACGCGGUUCAAAAACAAAACAAGAGAGUAAGCAAAGACAUCACUUGACGUGUAGACAAAUUUUCGUAAACGUAUCAUGCUGAUCUAUCGGUGGAAUGUUAAAAAGAUAUGUCUGGUUUGUUUUAAGGAAAUUUGCUACUAAGCAAAACAAAACUGAUGCAACAUGCCCAUCUUUGAAUGUAUCGCUUCUCCCUAUUGGAAAAAAAUGUUUUUACUUCUUUUUCGACACAACAGCUACAUGGCGCGAUGCAGAGAUUCAAUGCAAUGUUAUAAACGGUCAUUUAGCUUCGAUACAAACCGAGCAAGAGCUAGUUGUGUUUCAAAACUUGUCUAAUCAUUUCAACAGUUCGUGGGCGAGCUUCUGGAUUGGGGGAAAUGAUUUGCUGGAGGAAGGAAAGUUUAGUUGGAGCGAUGGAAGCAAGAUGUUCUAUUCUUUUUGGGCUAAUGCACAACCGGAAAAUGUACAUGAUGAUCAAGACUGCAUGAACAUUGAUCAGUAUGGAUUUUGGAGAGACAAUAAAUGCUCCCAAACUAAACCCUAUAUCUGCAAGAAAUCAUCUUAUGGAAUGAGUUGUCCUAUUGGUUGGGAGAAAUUUGAAAAAUCGUGCUACAAAGGACAAGUGGAACAGAAAUUUUUCGUCGCUAAAGCAACAUGUGAAAGUCAAAACAGCACGAUUACUUCAAUUUUAAGUCCGGAGGAAAAUGACUACAUCAAAAACAGAAUAGGAGAUAAAAAUCACCUGGGACUCGUUAAAGGCAAUGAUGAUGGGAAAUAUGAAUGGCUUGACGGAAGUCCAUUUAACUACACAAACUGGUCAGUUCAUCAAAUACACACAUUAAACAAGCAUAUCGAAGAUUGUGUUAUGGUUAGCAAAAGCGGUAAAUGGUUUGAUACCAACUGUAGUGAGUCGCUAUCAUUUGCUUGCAAGGUGGAACAUGGAACCAAAAUGGAAAUUCAGUCGCCAAGAAUUAUGAUCGCUACUUCCACAACUGUAGACUAUUAUCUUAGUCACUGCUUGAUCACACAAAAAGAAGGAACAUCGUUGCAAAAAUGUUUUCAACUUUGUCGUGAUCAUGGUUGUGUUUCAUUCAGUCAUUCGUCUUCAGGUCUUUGUGUUUUAAAUGGUUGUGUUGAAAAGUUCGACAAGAUGAAAACAGCAGCUGUUGGUCAGAAAUUUGCUUUCUAUAAAGUUGUAUGAAAACAUGCGUUGCUUGAUACAACCAAACUCAACAAAGACAAAUAGUUUUUCGGUAUAUAUAGCUGAAAUAAUGUUUAAGUUUGGUUUUCACCUGGCGUUAAUUCGCGUUAAGGAGGUUUGCUAUUUGGAGUUACGCCUAAUGGAAACGUCGAUGGCUAUUAAGUGCACCUUGUUAAUUUUGAUUAGCGCCUUUUGUGUGAAAAGGCCAUUUCUAGAAACAAUUAUAACUUCCCUUGUAAUGGGUUCUAACUUAUAAAACUUGGUACGGAUGAUGUUUGUCACAAUUAAAAGUCAUGCCUCAAAUGCUGACUGUCAGCAAUUCUUUUUGUGUGUGUGUAACUUCAUAACAGAUUUUUAUUUCUUUUUUUUGUAUACAUUGAAAAUAAUGUUAAUUUUAAUAAUUAAAUAAACAUUUUAGCUACGUUGGCUUAGUUUAAGAUCAUUUAAGUCCAAUAUAUAUGCACACCUGGUUAGAGACAUAGUUCAUACAUUGAUUCUAUACAUUUUUAUUGAGAAAUGCUUACAAUGAAAUGAGAAAAAAGCAAUAAAAAUUAUUAUCAAGUAACGCAGGUAUUAAAGUUUUAGUAAAAACUAAAAAAAAAUAAAAUAAAUAAAAAAUAACGCCAAAGGGCGGUAAAAGCAAAGGGCCAAGUUGUUUAAAAAACUUUGGACAUAUAAACCUAAAUGUUAACAUUUUUAUUCCAUCAUAAUAUCCAUACACCAAAAUGCUAAAAAGAAAAUGAAAGCGUGCAUUUUAAUAGGGGCGUGGCACACCACCUGCUGUAAUUUUUGGUUCCAUAUUUCCGGUCCAAAAUUAUAAAAAGUCAGCUACAAGGAGUUUCAUGGUAUUACCAUUUAUGGUUCCAGAGUUAUUAACGAAUGUAUGCCAGGCAGGGAAUUUUUGUAAUAAUGGCUUUGGCGUUGGGAUGAGCAUAUUAGUUGGGUGUUCAUAAGGUUGAAACGUUGUAGAAAGAAGGAUUUUGACUUUGCACUCUCUCUUUCUCUUUUGCUACUGCUUUUGAU